UGCGGAGGGAGCGCGGCGGUGGCGGGAAACGAUUUAGAGAGGCUUUUGGAUGCUGAUUUCGGCCCUCCACCAGCAGGAUAAAUUGGGCUGCGUUGCGUUCUAGCAUCUCCUAGAGCUCAGCAGCACUAGUCUCCUCGAACCGGGGCUGGGAAUAAGGUGCAGGGGGUUUUUUUAACUUUAAAUACAGAACUGUGAAGAUGACCCCAAAACAUGAAAAACAAGAAUUUGUAACUGUCUUGGUGCGAGACCCUAGGACACAGAAAGAAGACUCUUGGCAUUCAUACAUAGACUAUGAGAUAUUCAUUCAUACAAACAGUAUGUGUUUUACAAGGAAAACAUCCUGUGUUAGGCGACGCUUUCGAGAGUUUGUUUGGCUCCGACAGAGACUUCAGAGCAAUGCUGUGCUAAUACAGUUACCAGAACUCCCAUCUAAAACUCCCUUUUUUAAUGCGAACAAUCCUCAUCACGUGGACCAUCGUCGGCAGGGUCUUCAAGAAUUCCUUGAAAAGAUUCUACAAAAUGCAUUAUUGCUUUCAGACAGUAGGCUUCACCUCUUCUUACAGACUCAGCUAAGUCCUGAAGAUAUGGAGGCUUGUGUAUCUGGACAGACCAAAUAUUCUGUUGCUGAUGCAAUUCAUAAGUUUGCCUCUUUGAACAGACGUUUUCCUAUAGAAGAUGAAGAGAGAAAAAAAGAAAAAAACAAUGCAGACUCAGAUUCAGAGAGUUCAUCCUCCGGGCUUGGAUGCAGUGAUGACAGCAUUUCACGUGGAUGUAAAGCAAGCUCAGCUUCUGAAGAAUCGUGAAAAAUCAUUUCUGUAUUGCUCUCUAAAGGACAGUACAAAGAGGUUUCUGCAAUGUUUACUAGUUACAUGUACCACGUAAACAUGAUUUGCUAAUAACGUAUACCUAAAAGACUCAUUGUCAAUACAACUAUAUGUCCCUAAAGAGUUUUUGAAACAGACCUUGAUAUUAUUUCUUUGUUGAUUUUAUUAUGUAUAUUGAUUGAGGCUUACACGUUACCUAUUGCAUUUAGGUUUUUGCAACUGUUAAAAUCCCAGUAUUGGGCUAGUUAUGCUCUAUUGAUACAUAUGGCAGUUAAAAUAUUUCCCUUAGCGACUGCACAUCUUAGAUCUGGAAAAUCAAGAUAACUUAAUUCCUCAGCUUAGAAGUUCUUAUAUCAAAUAUAUUCAAAGCAUCAGAGAAGUUUCAUCUUUAGAAGUCAUUUGACAUAGGUGAUGAAAUUACAUACCCCACAAGGUAUGUAAUUUCAGUUACAAAAUACAAUUACAAUUCAAAUUCAAGGUAUGUGUUUUCUAAAGUAGCUCAGCAACAUCAGCAAAACGACACUUGUACAAACUAAAUGCUGCAGACAAUUUGAGAUAUAUUUAUAUCUUCCUCUGGUCUUUCUCUAAUGUUUAUGGAAAGCUUGGUUUUAUCAUGCAUAAGAACUGAAGGCCAAAAUUCUCAAGCAUGACUGCUUAGAAGUUAGGAAUAAUAAAAAUGAUGUAAUUUUGAGGGUUUCUAAAGGGGCUUAGUUCCCAGGGAAUUAAGGAUAAUCGUUCCUAGUGAAAAUCCUGGAUGAAGUCUAUUAAAACCAAUGGCUGAAUUUUCCAUUGAAUUCACUAGGGCCAAGAUUUCAGCUUACGGAUCUAACUUUAGGUACCUGUAUUUUAAGAUGUCAUGACAGUGGUUUUAGUUUAACAGCUUAAAUGGAAUGUAUUUUUCUCUCCAAGAGGAUGAUAAUCACAUAGCUACAACAUAUGCUGUACAAAUGUGCACCUCUUAAAUGUUUGGGAAUAACUGUAACUGCUUAUUUCAUUGUUCCUGUAGUUAACACAUAAGAAUAUUGACUUUUUCCACAAACAAAAAGCAGGCUUGAACACAACUUUGUAACCAGCAACACUUAUUUUGAGCAAGCAUCAGUUUUGUUCUUUAUUGUUAACAGCAGCUGCAUAGUGUCUUGUCCCAGAUUCUGUCAAUGGAAUAUGUUUUGCUGUGGUGCUGUAUUUAUAUUUGACAUUUAACUACUAUUAAAAAGAGCUAGGGGGUCUGAUCAUCUUAGCAAAGCUCCCAUUAACUUCAGAGCUGUAGUUACAGGCCUAAAAAUUGGAUGUUUUGUUUUAAGAAUUCUGUGUCUAGCUUCAAAGAAGGAACAUUUAAAAUCUGUGAAUUAGAGAAACAAUAGAUUAUUAAACGGCCAGCUAAUAAAGGUUAGCAUGGGCAUAUGUGGGCAUGCUUUUUUCAAGCAUCCAGCUGGGAAUCUGUGUAAUUUUAGAAACAUGUUUUAGUAGCCCGAGGAUAACAUCUCUUAGGUAACUAUUUUGAGCCCCUGUUUUCUGUUGAUGGUAGCACUUCCAUACGGUAUCUGUGUAUCCUUUUGCUCAGUAUUUUUGAAUUGCACAAAUGUACAUUUCACCAUCUCAGCCUGUAUACAAGGUAGCAGCAAAGCUAUUUUAAUGUAAAAGUUAAAACAUUUAUUUAAAGCAGCAAAGUAUCUCUAGAAGUAGUGAAAAGAUGUUUUUGCCAGGCAGUGUCUGCUUUUUAAGUCUUACGUUACUGGAAAAAUUAUUGUUUAGCAAAUUUGUGUAAAGGAUGAGGGAAAAUAUCAAAAUGAACGAAAACUGGGAUAAUGUCUGACAAAAAGGGAGUGUUUUUAUUUAAUACAGUAUUAGGAUAGUAGGGUUUUUUGUUUUGUUUAAAAAUGGUGACCUAGACUGUUGAAGCACUUUACAAUUCUUGGCCUAUUUGCACAGGUUCUCAAGAGUUGCCUAAAAAUACAUAAAUAAAAGGAUUGGAGAAUCUUUGUA